AGCUCCCUGCGGCCGCUGCCGCCUGUAACCUGCGCCGCCAGGAUGUGGCUGGGGGCUGACGUCGGGUCCAGAUGUGGCCCCAGCCCCGCCCACCCCCGAGGCCGGGCCGCCCACACCGAGCUGCGGCGCGCACAGCGGCUGUCCCGACUGCCACAAUGCGCGGCGAAGCUGUGCCCGCGACUUGACGCGGUCGUCCCUAACGUCGCCACUCGACAUCCUUAGGACAGGCCGCUCCUGACGCCGCGCCGGGACCCUACUCGCCCACGCCCCCCAUGCGCUCACUCUCCGGUGCCGGGCCGGGCGGACGCGGAGCCGCGCGGGUGACGGCAGAGGCGGCUGCGCGCCCAGCCUAGCCCAGCCCAGCCGGAGGAGAGGGCGCGCCGCGCCCCCGCCCCCCGCCCGCUCUCCGGAGGCCGUGGGUGCGGAUGCGCCGCUGACGACUCGUAGCGACUAGCACUGCCGCCCGCCCGCCGGCCGGAGCCCGCAGCAUGGCAGCCGCCGCCUAUGUGGACCACUUCGCCGCCGAGUGCCUCGUGUCCAUGUCCAGUCGUGCAGUCGUGCAUGGACCGCGAGAGGGACCGGAGCCCCGGCCCGAGGGCGCGGCCAGCGCCGCCGCCACCCCCACACUGCCCCGCGUUGAGGAGCGCCGCGACGGCAAGGACAGCGCCUCGCUCUUCGUGGUGGCGCGGAUCCUAGCGGACCUCAACCAACAAGCGCCAGCGCCCGCCCCAGCGGAGCGCAGAGAGGGCGCCGCUGCCCGGAAGGCGAGGACCCCCUGCCGGCUACCGCCCGCGCCGCCGCCUGUUUCCGAACCCGCCUCGCCCGGUGAAGGCGCGGCAGCCGCGCCCCCUAGCCCAGCGUGGAGCGAGACCGAGGCGGGACUGGAGCCUGAGCGGGAGCCGGGACCCGCGGGGAGCGGCGAGUCCGGCCUCAGACAAAGGGGCCGGCGGGGCCGAAGUCGCGCCGACCUCGAGUCCCCGCAGAGAAAGCACAAGUGCCACUACGCGGGCUGUGAGAAAGUUUAUGGGAAAUCUUCGCACCUCAAGGCGCACCUGAGAACUCACACAGGUGAGAGACCUUUUGCCUGCAGCUGGCAGGAUUGCAACAAGAAGUUUGCUCGCUCUGAUGAGCUGGCCCGGCACUACCGCACACACACUGGUGAGAAGAAGUUCAGCUGCCCUAUCUGCGAGAAGCGCUUCAUGCGCAGUGAUCAUCUGACGAAGCAUGCACGCCGCCAUGCCAACUUCCACCCCGGCAUGCUGCAGCGGCGUGGCGGGGGCUCGCGGACCGGCUCACUCAGCGACUACAGCCGCUCUGACGCCAGCAGCCCCACCAUUAGCCCAGCCAGUUCACCCUGAGCCCUGCCGGACCCACAGCAGCACAGCCCCGCCAGUCCCUCCGCCAGCCCCGCGCCCAGCCAAGGACCCCUACCCUGACAACAGCCAUGAGCAACCGCUCUCACCUCCUCUUGUCAGUCCAUGCCCCUUCCUUUUGAUAAGAAAGCAGAGUGAGAACUUCAUGAAAAGUCCACGAAAAAACACUUUUCUUCACCUCAGGUGUCAAAGUCAAUUUGUAAAAAAAAAUCAAGAACGAAAACAGAAAAAAAAAACAAAAAAAUUUUUUUUUCAAAAAACAUCAUCCACAAAUUGCACAAUGGAGAUACCCACAAA